AUGGGACAAGAUCCUGAUCACAAGACUCCUGUCUCUUGGAGAGCCUGGGCCAUUGUAGCCAUUUGCGCAUUGGCAGCUUUCCAGAACACAUACUUCGGUAUCGCCCCUGCUGCCAAUCAAUAUGCCAUCUCUGGAGCUCUGCAGGGAACUGCAAGUGAGAGGAUUUGGAUCGUCCAGGCUGGAGCCGUCCCUGCCAUUGCGUUCGGUCCCAUCUUCGCCAUCAUCAGUGAUGUUUACGGAAGACGUAACAUGAUACUUUGCGCGUGGGUUCUCUUCGCUGUUGGCUCACUGGUCUCCAUGACCGCCACUAGCAUGACUGCUGUAAUUGCUGGUCAGGUCCUCUCUGGUGUCGCAUCUGGUAUCUCCGGUAUCAUGUUCGCUGUCGCUUCUGAGGUUAUUCCAGGAGCAUACCGUGCCUACGGUCAGACCAUUGUCAGUUGGGUCUCUGGCUUAUCCUCAUUGGUCGCUCUCCUUCCCAUCGGAGCUGCCACUACUGCUGACCCCGUCAAUGGCUGGAGAUGGGUGUUCCGCAUCAAGUUCAUGCUUGAAUGUCUCAUCGUUAUCGGCUUUGCAGCGCUCUAUUUCCCCCCUCCUCGUACUGCCGCUAGCAAGCAAUCUCUUGGACAAAAGCUCAAGGCUCUUGAUUGGAUUGGUUACAUUCUUCUUCUCGGAGCUCUUGUUCCAUUUUUGAUGGGCUUCGCAUGGAGUGGUGACUCAAACUAUGGCUGGGCUAGCAAGACUCAUACUGUUGUUCCUGUUGUAGUCGGCGGUGUCCUCUUCAUCGUUUGCUUGAUCUAUGAAUGGAAGGGCACAAAGACCGGCUUCCUCGACCAUCGCCUCUUCCAGAACGGACGCAACUUCCCCCUCUGCAUGAUCCUCAUCGCUGUUGAAGGUUCCCUUUUCUACCUUAUGAACAACAUCUACCCAUCUCAAGUCAACGGUAUCUGGGAGACGCCCGGCACCAUCAAGGCUAACGCAUACCUGCUGCCCUUCUUCAUGGUCAUCACUGUCGUCUCGCCUUUCCUGUCUGUCUACGUUACCAAGUACAGAGAUGUCAAGUGGCCCAUAUUUAUCGGAUUCAUCUCCUUCAGCGCAUCUGUUAUUGGACUCGCACUUUCAGGCACGAGCGGAAAGCUUGGUCUGGCCUUCAACGGUGUUGGAGGUCUCGGUUUCGCUCCUGUCCUGAUCUUGAUUAUGGUUUGGGUUCAGAACUCUACUCCUCCCCUCUUCAUCGGUACCGCAUCAGCUCUCACCAUCUCCUCUCGCACACUCGGUGGUACUGUCGGUCUCGGUAUUGCAAACGCCAUCUACGGAUCUCUUACAAACACUCAAAUUCCUGAGGCUAUUGUCGCCGCAGUCGCUCCCCUCGGUUUCAACCCUCAACACCUGGGUCAACUCAUCGGCUUCUACUUCUCCGGCCAAGGUCUUGACAAGAUUCCUGAUAUCAACGGACAAAUCCUCGGUGCCGGCCUCGAAGCUCUACACAAGACAGAAGCACACGCUUACAAGAUUGUAUGGCUGUCUUUCCUGCCCGGUUGCAUCAUCGCCGCUGGUAUUUGCCUCUUCAUGCGCAACUCCAGCGAGAGAAUGAACUGGGUUGUUGAUGCUCCCCUCGAGACCAAGCCUGAUGCACUUUCUGCCAAGGAACAGGCGUUUGAGCUUCAUCCUCCUACCUUGAAUGAUGAUAUCGAGAUCGAGCGGGUCGAGAGGAGAUAG